UUUUCCCGUGCAUCUUUCUCCGGUCUCCUGGUUGCUAGACGACCCGAUGAGACACAAGUAACCUCUUGGUCGAGACAAGAACAAGUAGUCGUAGCUUGGAGACGCGAUGUCACCAGCACACCGACAGCGCCCGGCCGGAGAACGCGGACGUAUCGACGCCAAAUGAGCGGGGACGGCCGGUCGGUCUGCCAGUGCUAAUGCUAAUGCUAAUCCCGACGCUGCAGUCAGGAAUGGCUAAACGUUAGCCAUGGUACUGAACUGUUAUGACAAUAAAUAAGAAAAUGAAGACUACCAACGAAGUCCACUCAUGUCUCCAGUCCACGUGAGCGCCGGCACAGGGUGAAAUGUCCGCCUAAUGCGUACCCUCGUCGGCCGCCAACAUGUCAGCGGGGGCAAGCGACAUCCCAACGGAUGAAGACUGCGAGAUGCUGCCCGACAAUGGCUUCUCGUACUCGGGUGAUUAUUUGAAAAAGACACCAAAGAAAUCAGGGAAGCCACCUCGUCCUCUCAGGUCCCCGUACCUUUCCAGCCUGAACGUGAACCCCAGGAAAGCGGCGCUGUCGGCCUGGAAGCUGCCGAGGGCGUCCCUCUGCGACACUCCCAGCGGGGAGAUGGGCUCGGCUCGGUUCACGUCCCUCAGCAACCAUCACGAUCUGCGGCUAGAGUGGGACAUGACCCCAGAGUUUCCCAGGCACACCUUGCCCACCAGGAAACAUCAUCAUUCGACUCCCAACGUUGCCAGAGAGAAGGAGGAUAUGCAUAAUGAGAUCACGCUCCUCAAGAAGAGUCUACACGAGCAGAAGUCUGACAACCAGAAGAUGAAAGUAAAACUUCGGCGUCUGGAGGAGGACAACGCCAAAAGAGAGAAGCAGUUGGAGGAACUCCUGGAUCCUACCAAUAGGUCUGAGUACAUUCGCAGCCUGGUUGACAAGAAGCAUGAGGGCAGUGUGGUGGUGAAUGGGCUGAAGCAAAAAAUACUGAAGCUGGAGCAACAGUGUCGAGAGAAGGAGAACGCCAUCGGUAACCUGCAGAGUGAGUUGAGGGCCACAAACCUGCAGGAGAUGAGGAUGACUGUGAAAAACUAUUUCGAAGAGAUCCAGAGACUGAAGUUGCUUUUGGAAGAUUCAGAGAAAAGUGGUAUGUCGGAGAGUAGAGUGUUCCGUAGGCAGCAGAAGGCGCUGAGCUCCACCGUGCUGCGUCUGUCCGAGGACCUCAAGCAGCUGCAGCUGGACAAUGCCUCGCUCAGGGAGGAACUCGACACAGAGAGCCCCGCUUCCGGCAUCAAAGGUUACAAAGAGUGGAGCAAAUACAGGCUCUUGAGGAGGCUGCUUGAACUGGAGAAGAGGCUGGAAGAGAAAAACGCCUUGAAAGCAAGGAAUCGAUUGGAGCAGGCGUGUCAGACCACGCCUGCCAAUGUUGUCCACCGUGGCGUUCAGGCCACGUCACGUGAGCUCCUGGACCUGGCGGUGCAGACUACGCCUGUGGACUGUGUGGAUGCGGGAACGGAGACCGCGGAGGAGGACGACGUGUCUGCCCUGCGAGGACGUGUGGAGGUACUGGAAGCGGAGACGAUGCAGUUGCAGGAGAAGCUGACCAACAAAGAAGAGGAAGUGAGACAGCUCAUGACUCAACAGGAAGAAGCAGAGGAAAAGUCACAACGGCAGCACCACGAUGCAGUCGGUGAGUUGAGGGUGGAAAAAGAAGAGCUAGAAAAACAACUGGAAUGUUGGAGAAGGGAGCAAACGAGUGAGCGAGAACUAGAGCAAAAGCGCCACCACGAAGAAGUGGAACAGCUGAGGAGCGAAAGAGAACAAGAGGUUGAACGAUGGCGAAGCCAACUCGAAAUAGAGCAACGGCAACACGAACAGGAGGUGAGACAGCUGGGGACACUAGUCCAGACUCUACAGGAGGAAAGAAAGGAUCCCUGUGAUGCAGGCACAGUCCAAAACGAGGCGGACAAAGAUGACAAUGAUGAAGAAGAGGGACAGGGAGCUCUGAAGCCAGAUCCAGACACCCGUACAAAAAGGAAGUACAAAACUGAGGCUCUUGAGGCUGGGGAUGGCACCAAUCUGCUGGAUGGAGGAGCCCUGGAUGAGUUCUCCUUGGUCACCAUCCAGGCUGCGUUCAGGGGCCACCUGGCUCGCACUCAACACAUCGCACAGAGCUCAGGCUCCGUCACACGUUUAAACCGUUUUCCAAGGGAAGCGCCAUCGGAGUUGGAAGACAACACAGCUGCUCCGUCGGCUAAAAGGAGCUCGGACGAGGAGGAAGAGCUGCGGCCCGUCUCCGGGACUCGACGAUCGCGGACGUCUCCUAAAGCACCGGAUGCGGGAGACCUCGACGCCUAUUCGGAGGACUCGGACAACUCUGACGAUUCGGACGACAUCAUCGUGGCCGAGUCCUACCCUCGGAGAAACCGAGAGGCUCGGCUCUUGUGACUGCUAAGGGACGAUGACAGGCUUGGGAAAUCUCCGAUUAUAUUGCGGCGUUUAUGGACCGUAAAUUCAUCGCUGGACUUCCUGCCGACAGCGGAACACCUGUUAUAGCCGUCAUUCCGGCCGCCAAAGUGCCUACAAACGUGAAGACUCCGCUAGCUGUUAGCAAUAAAAAUGUUAUUUUCCUUAUACUGAUUAUGAGCCGCACUGGAAAAAUGUUUGAAUGAGCCUUAGUGACAGUUUUUAAAAGCCUUAUUUACACUAAUACAUUAUUUUAAUGCAGAUUAUAGAACAGUUACUGAUGGGCGAUAUUCUUCUUUUUGAAACUUUUGAAAUUAGUUUCCAUGUAUUUUUUAAAAUGGGAUUACAAUUACAUUUCAAAUCAGGCAAGGUAUCCAAUAUAAUAAAUGUCACUUCAUCCUGGAAAAUUUGACUUUUUCCUUUUUGUAAAAAAAAAAAAAAAAAAGAAGGUACUGUUGUCAGGGUAGUAUUUCUCAGUCUUGUGUGCAUUGAUUUCCAAAAUAGAGCAUGUAUUGAUGCUUCAUAA